UAAACGACAUUUUAAGCUUCUUCUCCAAUCUCUCUCUCCUAUUAUACAUGAUCACGCAACGCUCCAACUUCCUUCCCUCUACUCAUGCUUUAACAGAAAAAGGAAAAAUUACCGUUUCCUUAUUCAGAUGAGAAUUGCAUCUGAACGGCUCUAUCUGAAACCUAGAGCCUGAUUUGCUCGUGAACAGUGAGAUUCGGAAGCUUACGUACGCCGGCGGAGUUUUGUAUGGAUAAGGAGGAGGUAGAUAUAGAGAAUGCGGCGGAGAGGAACGGAGCUGGUAAUUGGGAGCGGGAACGGCACGAUGACGGGGCGGAGAGUCACGAUGAGUGGGCGUCGGGGCAAAUCAGGGAGCCUUUGCUUCUUUCCAAGAGCAGAGUCAAUAACACAUCGCAGAUUGCCAUUAUUGGAGCCAACGUUUGCCCCAUCGAAAGCCUCGAUUACGAGAUUCUUGAAAAUGACCUAAUUAAACAGGAUUGGAGGUCAAGGAAGAAGGUUCAGAUAUUCCAAUACAUAUUUCUCAAAUGGACGCUUGCAUUUCUCAUUGGAUUGGUUACAGGGAUUGUAGCCCUUUUUAAUAACCUUGCAGUGGAGAAUAUUGCUGGUUUCAAACUUCUACUUAGUAACAACUUAAUGCUCAAGGGAGAUGCAGGUAUUUUCAGGCAUUUGCUGCAAUGGCUGGUUGCAAUCUGAUUCUCGCAAUUUGUGCUGGAUUCCUAUGUGCAUUUGUUGCGCCUGCAGCUGCUGGCUCUGGUAUUCCUGAAGUGAAAGCAUAUCUCAAUGGUGUGGAUGCUCAUUCAAUAUUGGCUCCAAGUACCCUAUUUGUCAAGAUUUUUGGUUCCAUCUUUGGUGUUGCUGCUGGAUUUGUUGUGGGAAAAGAAGGGCCCAUGGUUCAUACAGGUGCUUGCAUUGCAAACUUACUUGGACAGGGAGGUUCCCGCAAGUAUCGUUUGACUUGGAAAUGGCUUAGACUCUUCAAAAAUGACCGGGACCGUAGGGAUUUGAUCACCUGUGGAGCUGCAGCUGGUGUUGCAGGUGCUUUCCGUGCCCCAGUUGGAGGUGUCCUUUUUGCCCUUGAAGAAGCUGCCUCAUGGUGGCGGAGUGCACUUCUUUGGAGGACCUUUUUCACAACUGCUGUAGUGGCUGUGGUUCUCAGAACUUUUAUCCAAUUUUGUCGGUCUGGGAAAUGUGGGCUAUUUGGGCAAGGAGGCCUGAUUAUGUUUGAUAUUCAUUCAACCGUGCCUAACUAUAACACUAUAGAUAUGCUGGCAGUUAUGUUACUUGGAAUACUUGGAGGUGUUUUGGGAAGCCUAUACAACUAUCUUGUGGACAAGGUUCUUCGAAUCUACAGCAUUAUCAAUGAAAGAGGUCCAGGUUUCAAGAUGUUGCUUGUCAUGACCAUUUCUAUCUUGACUUCUUGUUGCUUGUUUGGCCUUCCUUGGUUGGCAUCAUGCAGACCUUGUCCUCCAGGGUUGGAGAGUGAAUGCCCUACCAAAGGUCGAUCUGGGAACUUCAAGAAUUUCCAGUGUCCAGCAGGGCAAUACAAUGAUCUUGCUUCCCUCUUUCUGAACACCAAUGAUGAUGCCAUACGUAAUUUGUUCAGUUCAAGAGAUGAGAGUGAAUUUCUACUCUCUACCCUAUUUGUGUUUUUUGUUGGGGUUUACUUCCUUGGGAUUGUUACUUAUGGAAUUGCUGUUCCAUCUGGGCUCUUCAUUCCUGUCAUCCUUGCUGGAUCCUCAUAUGGGCGUCUUGUUGGGAACUUCUUGGGUUCUGUCUCCAACCUUGAUGCGGGUCUCUUUGCCCUGCUUGGUGCUGCCUCCUUUCUUGGUGGGACGAUGAGGAUGACCGUGUCACUAUGUGUCAUACUGCUCGAACUCACAAAUGAUCUCUUAAUGCUCCCACUCAUGAUGCUAGUUCUGCUUAUAUCGAAAACCGUGGCUGAUUGUUUUAACAAAGGGGUCUACGACCAAAUUGUGAAGAUGAAGGGUUUGCCUUUCAUGGAAGCUCAUGCUGAACCAUACAUGAGGCAUUUGGUUGCUGGGGAUGUUUGCUCUGGACCCCUAAUAACCUUUUCUGGUAUUGAGAAAGUGGGCAACAUCUUUCAUGCUUUAAAGAUAACUGGACACAAUGGGUUUCCGGUGAUUGAUGAGCCACCUUUCUCUGAAUCACCAGAGCUAUAUGGGCUUGUUCUUAGGUCACAUCUGCUCGUUUUGCUGAAUGGAAAGAAUUUCUCCAAACAGCAGGGGUUGAUGGGCUCACAAAUCUUGACGAGGUUUCACGCAUUUGAUUUUGCAAAGCCGGGUUUAGGAAAGGGGCUUAAAGUUGAUGAUUUGAAUAUCACGGAGGAGGAGAUGGAGAUGUAUGUUGAUCUCCAUCCUAUCACAAAUACGUCUCCUUACACUGUAGUGGAGACGAUGUCUCUGGCAAAAGCUGCAAUACUCUUUCGAGAGCUUGGUCUCAGACACUUGUGUGUUGUCCCAAAGCGACUUGGGAGACCACCAAUUGUGGGAAUCUUGACGCGACAUGAUUUCAUGCCCGAGCAUAUCUUGGGACUCUACCCUAGCAUCAAUCCCCACGGCCAUGGCUAGUCGGGAUUCGGUGAGUCUGCAUUGGCAAAGGUCCCCAUUAUUCCCUUUUCUGAAGUUUCAGAGAGAACUUUGGUUAUUUACAUAGCAUUGUGUUACUGUAACGGCAUUGCGUUACAUAGAACAUAAUGGAGAAAUAGAGUCAACGUACUAAACUGUCGCCGCAUGCAAAACAAAGUUGUUUGUUUGUUUACGCAUUCGUAGACAAACGUAAAAACAGUACGUAGUAAUAAUGUGGUCUCAUACUUCUGUAAGUUUAUUCGUUUUCGAGUGCCAAAUUAGCGCUCGUAUAUGUAUUGAACUGUGUAAUAUUUGUCGUUUUUGGGUGCGAAAUGAGCAGUUGGGCACUAGUAUUUGUAUUGUAGUACUUAGUAUUAUUUAUGUGAAUUUAUUUAAUAAUUUGACCUUGUUCUAC